CAGUCCUUCGUGUGUCUUUUAACCCUAGUGCAUUUCCUUUAAUUUUAAUGACUUUUUGGCUGUUAUUUGGUUUUGUUCGUCGUUCAGCACCUCCGCAAGUGUCCGCCUGGUAGUCCUUCGAGCGAAGUGUACACGUUGGAGGUUGACGGCGCCUGGAGUGUCGGUAAACGUGAUGAAAAGUCUGACGCCGUGGCUGUGAAUGUUUUCUUAAUUUAGUGUCUUGAUCGCGAACCGUCAUCGUCGUCAACGACGUCAACAUGGUCUGUAUCCGGCGUUGUCUUCCGCAAAUUGUCGACAAUUAGGUUAGUCGGCGCAACAAUCAAGUUUGUCCAUGUUGCAGGACGCAAGGAUCAUGAACGUCGAGUCGUCUGGCAAGGGGCAAAACAACUUCAACGAGAAUCAUGCGGAGCCAAAGAAUAACUCCGUGGCAAAUGCGCCCCCGCCUACGCCCCUCAACAAAACCAAGCUGACGACGGGAACCGUUCAAGGGCCCAUGAUCAAAAAGGACAAGCGACAUUCCAGCUCCAGGUUCAAUAUCACCAAAAACAGGGAACUGGAGAUGCUUCCGUCGUUAAAAGACGCCGCUCCGGCCGAUCGAGAAGAGCUCUUCAUCCAAAAACUCCGUCAAUGUUGCGUUCUUUUUGAUUUUGCUUCCGACCCCUUGUCUGAUUUAAAAUGGAAGGAAGUGAAACGAGCCGCCCUUCACGAAAUGGUGGAAUAUGUAACGCAGCAGAAAGGCGUCAUCACCGAAGCUAUUUAUCCAGAGGCCGUCAAUAUGUUCGCCGUGAACCUGUUCCGCACGUUGCCCCCGUCGUCGAACCCAAACGGUGCCGAAUUCGACCCAGAAGAGGACGAGCCAACCUUAGAGGCCGCUUGGCCCCACCUCCAGCUGGUCUACGAAUUGUUUUUGCGCGUGCUGGAGGCGCCCGAUUUCCAGCCGAACAUUGCCAAACGUUACAUAGACCAAAAGUUCGUCCUCCAGCUGCUCGAUCUGUUCGAUUCGGAAGAUCCCCGCGAACGGGAUCUUCUGAAAACGACUCUUCAUCGGAUUUACGGCAAGUUCCUCGGACUUCGCGCCUUCAUUCGCAAACAAAUCAACAACGUGUUUUAUCGCUUCAUCUACGAAACCGAGCACCACAACGGCAUCGCAGAGCUUCUUGAAAUCCUCGGAUCGAUAAUCAACGGUUUCGCAUUGCCGCUGAAGGAAGAACACAAAGUGUUUCUUUUGCGAGUUUUGAUGCCGCUGCAUAAAGUCAAGUCGUUGUCGGUGUACCAUCCGCAGUUGGCCUACUGUGUUGUGCAGUUUUUGGAGAAGGACCCGUCGUUGACCCAACCAGUGAUUAGGAGUCUGUUGAAGUACUGGCCCAAGACGCAUAGUCCCAAAGAAGUGAUGUUUCUGAACGAACUGGAGGAGAUCCUCGACGUUAUAGAACCAGGGGAAUUCCAGAAAGUCAUGGUUCCGUUGUUCAAACAACUGGCGAAGUGUGUCAGCUCGCCGCAUUUUCAAGUCGCCGAGAGGGCGCUCUAUUACUGGAAUAAUGAAUAUGUGAUGUCUCUGGUGUCGGAAAACGCCACCGAGAUUCUACCACUGAUGUUCCCCAGUCUUUACAAAAACUCGAAAAGUCACUGGAACAAGACUAUACACGGCCUGAUUUACAAUGCACUUAAGUUGUUUAUGGAAAUGAAUCAAAAAUUGUUUGACGAGUGUACACAACUAUAUCGUGAGGAGAGACGGAAAGAGCGCGAGCGUGAAAACCAACGUAUGGAACUAUGGAUCAGAGUGGAGUCUUUAGCAGCUCAGAAACCCGAAUACGAGCUUAUUAAAGCACAAAAUCCAGAAAUCAAGAGCAUCAUCACGAGUCCUGAUCCCGACGAUGAAGUCACUUUGGAUAACAUAGAACAACAAGCCCAGGAGACAAAGAAGACUCGCAAUACAAACAAGCCGUUAGUCCGACGUAAAUCGGAAUUACCACAAGAUCAAUACACCGUCAAAGCACUGAACGAUCACAAACGAGCAGACGAGUAUCUCACGACGCCACCGGAUGUCAACAAGUGCUAGUCCACUCAAAACACCUUUUCUUAGUGAGCUUAGUGCCAACAGGUUAUGUUAUGCGACCUAGGGAACCACCGGGUAUUUUCAUUCAUUUCAAUUGAUUUGAGGUGACAAGUAUUGAUUUUAUGCUAGGGCGAUGUGAUUUUAGGUCUUUUUUUAUAAAGAUUGAUGUUUUUUAUUGGUUUGAGAGAAAAGUCAAAAUAUUUUUAGAUACCGUAGUUGAUAGACAACUUUCGAGUACAAUUUUUUCGCGCUAAGGUUAUUAUUUCUAUGCAAAUAUUCUAUCUAGAUCCAUAGUUGUAAAUGACUGCAUGAAAGGAUUUAUGUGUUGUUAGCCGUUACUAAAUUAGCAUGUGGCCUUUUAUAAAAUAAUAUAUUUAAGAUGUUUAUAACGAUAUCGAGUUGGUCGUUCUUACCAAACGCUGUUUCUUUUUUAACACUUUUCUCUCUGUUUAUUUAUUCUUUUUAUAAUCGAACAAUCGGGGGUUAGUUGAAAAAGAGUGUACAGACAUUAUUUACGUAUUUAGAAAUUAAAUGUGUGGCACUUGCUUUGAAUGUGUUAUUAAACAAAAACGAAUGAGCAUAUUGUUAGUUAACUGAUAAAAGAAAGUGUAAGUCUAGUGUUGUAACUCGAAAUACAUUCAAUAAUUAGCUGUAAGGAUAUAUUUUUUAUGUUUCAUGAUGGAAGGAAAGUGUACAUACGGAUAUGGAGUUGAUAUUAUGUCUUAGACAGUAUUUUUUUAUUGUACAGCUUUGCUUUGUCAAUGAUAUUGAUAUAAAUUACAUUUCUUUAAUUCA